UGGCCGUUCUGAACACGCCGUUCCGGCCGCCCGACCCCAAUUCCGACGUCAUGGAGAGGCUGGCACAGAUCCCGGAAUUCGAUUACCAGCUCUACUUCCAGGAACCGGGCGUGGCGGAGGCGGAGCUGGAGAAGGACAUCGGGAGGACCCUGAAGAUCCUGAUCCGAUCCUCCAGCCCCGAGGAUCGGCUGCCCUUCAACCUCGACCUGCACCGCGUCCGGGAGAGAGGGGGUCUCCUGGUGGGGUUCCCGCAGGAUCCCCCCGAGAGCCGCCUGCUGCCGCCCGAAGUGCCCUCUUCACACCCGCAGUUCCGUAGGGGUUCAGUGGGCCCCCGGAUCACCCCGGGCAGGGCCCGCCGGGUCCGGGUCACCCGGGGCGGGAUCUGGAUCGGACCCCGGGCGGGCCCCUGA